GGGCCGGAAAUUACCGAGAUGUGACGAUGGGAGCCGAAGGGCGGCCGAUCGCCCCAAACAGUUGAAAGCCUGAACUUGUGUGGCGGCCGCGGACGUUAGGAGCCCCUCGGCGCCGCUCUGGCUCCGGCCCCGGCCCGGGGACUGAAAUUUCCUACAACAGUUAAUUGAAUGGCUGUUGUCAACAAAUUAUUGGAGGCUGGAAAUAAGGAUAACAUGACUGGACAUCUUGGAAAUUUACAGCAGAUUAGGAGAAGCUAAUGUGGAUUUCUAUAGAGGUAUAAAAGCUCUGGCAAUGACUCCAUACUAACUGAAACACAAUAUUCUCGAGUGAAGGCAACAUUCCCCGGAAAUUGGAAUUCACAAAUUAAAAAGGGCAACCACAGAGUUGCUACCUAUAAGUAAGAAACCAGUCCAUUCCGCCACCUCAUUUUGAAUGCUGAUGUGAAGAUUGAGAUGAAUCAGUGCAUGAUGGGAAACUUUAUUGCUUAGGCUAAAAGCACCAAAAUGGGCAUGAGAAACCCUGAAAUUCACUGUGGCAUCUAGGUUCAAAACGGUGGACAAGCUGGCGAUGUCAAGGGUGCCAACACCCCCUCCGCCUGGAGAAAUGUCUAGUGGACCAGUGGCAGAGAGUUGGUGUUACACCCAGGUAAAGGUGGUAAAGUUCUCCUACAUGUGGACCAUCAAUAACUUUAGCUUUUGUCGAGAGGAAAUGGGUGAAGUGUUAAAGAGUUCAACUUUCUCAUCUGGGCCAAAUGAUAAAAUGAAGUGGUGCCUCAGAGUAAAUCCAAAAGGUUUAGAUGAAGAAAGCAAAGACUACCUUUCCUUAUAUUUGCUUUUAGUUAGUUGCCCAAAAAGUGAAGUUCGAGCAAAGUUUAAAUUUUCUUUAUUGAAUGCAAAAAGAGAGGAAACAAAAGCUAUGGAAAGUCAAAGGGCGUAUCGAUUUGUCCAAGGCAAGGACUGGGGUUUCAAAAAAUUUAUCCGUAGAGACUUUCUUCUAGAUGAGGCGAACGGUCUUCUUCCAGAUGAUAAACUUACGCUGUUUUGUGAAGUGAGUGUAGUACAAGACUCUGUGAAUAUAUCCGGCCAAUCAAAUAUGAAUACGUUAAAGGUUCCAGAAUGUCGACUGGCAGAUGAUUUGGGAAAUCUAUUGGAAAGUUCUAGAUUCACAGAUUGCUCCCUUUAUGUAGGAGGUCAAGAAUUUAAAGCUCACAAAUCAAUUUUAGCAGCUCGUUCUCCUGUUUUUAAUGCAAUGUUUGAACAUGAAAUGGAAGAAAGCAAGAAGAAUAGAGUAGAAAUUAAAGAUGUAGAUCCAGAAGUUUUUAAGGAAAUGAUGAGAUUUAUCUACACAGGAAAGGCACCAAACCUCGAUAAAAUGGCUGACAACCUGUUGGCAGCUGCAGACAAAUAUGCACUAGAUCGGCUAAAGGUCAUGUGUGAAGAAACUUUGUGUAGUAACCUCUCAGUUGAAAAUGUUGCAGAAAUUCUCAUUCUUGCAGAUUUGCACAGUGCAGAGCAACUGAAAGCACAAGCAAUAGACUUCAUUAACAGGUGCAGUGUUCUCCGACAACUAGGGUGUAAGGAUGGGAAAAAUUGGAGUAACAACCAUGCCACUGAUGUAAUGGAGACAGAAGGCUGGAAAUCGAUGAUCCACUCCCACCCUCAUUUAGUUGCAGAGGCCUUCCGAGCACUGGCAACUGCCCAGUGCCCACCCUUUGGUAUUCCACGCAAACGAUUAAAACAGUCAUAAUUGUGCUAGAGGACAUUAGGUACUGAUCUCGCUACUGACUUUGUGUAGAGGUAUUUCUACCUUGCACCCAUACAGGAUGAAGUCCUCGUCACUUACAUACACAGGACACAACCUGAACUUUAACCGUCUUUUAAUUGCUCUGCUGAAGGAUGUGUUCCAGUAUGGUCUUCAGCUUUAAAUUAGUUUACAUGCUUUUCUCUCAGCCACUUAAACAGCCUUAAAUGAUUUUCAUCCUGGUUCAGUUUAAAUAUUUUUUAAGUUUCUUUUUUUUUUAAAUUAAUGUGUGCCUUGUCAAAAGACUAGGCUAUGCAGAAGUGCAUCAGCAACCAAAAUGCAGAGCCAUCUAUUGAAUAGUUGGGAAAGGCAAAUAUAGCCUUUAACACUUUUCUAAAUGUUUGCCCUUUCAUACAAAAAUAUACUUAAUGAUUGAUUUCCCUGGGAUUCUACCCAUUAACCCUGUAAUUAUCCAGAGAUUGAAGCAGUUUGCUUUCACCAGUCAUCAUUCAAUAUUAUGUUUGAAUUGUGGAUUUCCUCUUUGCGUAUUUGCAUUAUGGAUACUGUUGAAAUUCUGCAUGACAGCCUGAAAGGGGUGUACCAUUCAAUAGCACAUGUCCUUAAUGGGCCAGUGGUAUAUGAAGUACCUGGUUGGUUUAUGAACCGCCAUUUUCUUUGUCAGUGUUUGUAAACUUUGUUUACAGUUUGGAAUUUCUACUGUAUAGAUUUUUUUUGAUUAAAUUCACAAUUUUGGCAGAAAUGUUAAAGACCUUUGUUACAAUUGUGUGAAAAUGGUUUGUAAUGUUCAGCAACCUUUUACAACUCGACAUUGCAACAUAACUAAAGUAAAAACAUUAUAAUUUUGUGAUACUGAUGUACCCAAAAUAUUGGAAUGAUCUGAUUAAAUAUAUUUAAACUUGAAUAAUCCAAGAGCAUUUCUGAAGACUAUCCCUUUGAAACUCCUAAUAACAAUGUUAAGACACUGAAGAUCACUAGAUCAAAUUAAUUUCCCAGAGUAUGUUUACAAUGUUUCUAUCCCUUUAGCAAGGAAUUUCAUACAUACCAAUUUUUCUGUUAUACCCUUUUUUUUUCCUGAGCUGCUGAUUCUUUGGGAUCCAGAUUCACGGGCGCCGGCCGCCCCCUCCCUCAGUAUCUUCCCCCAAAUGGCUAUUGUUGGAGCGUGAGUGUCAUUUGGCUAUUUAACCACCUGGGAUAUUGCAGCCAAGCAUAUUGCUAUGCUCUCCCAAGACCCUCACAUGUAACUCCAAUUGGGUUGUUGGGUCGCGAUCAGAAAUGAGAACUGUAAUGUCCCACUUUACCCAAGUGGGUUCAUCGUCCACUAAAGUGGUUCUGCAGCUACUUCAGCUUAGUCACCAGCUCAUCACAGCUUGACAUUUCAAACAGAUCUUCCUGGUGCAUGUGGCUCAACUACUCACUGGAUAAACUUAUUGAGCCACUCAGAGGAGAAUUCCUUUUUUUAAAUGAACAGGUAUUGUUAUCGUCAUUUGUCUGAGACACUGCUAAGGUAACACUGUAAAUUUGUAGAAACUCCACAUUUCAGGACAAUGAUUUUGCAAUGCCUCAAAUUGACGUUACAUGGCAAUUGAUUUGCUUAUGUUUUGCUAUUUUAUUUAUUAUGCAUCAAUAUAUUUCAUAACUUGUGUUAGGUUAAAGAAACUUUGUAAAACUUUAUAAAUGCAAUUGAAUGCACUAAUUUGUAUCAGCGUUCUUUCUGUAGGCUAUUGUUUUGUGAAAAUCAUUUUUUGUUAGAGAAGAGUGCUCAAAUAUUUUUAAAAAAAUGGAAGUUGAAGAAGCCAAUGGGUUUAAGUUGUCAAUGUAUCUGUUUACUGUCAUAUCACAAAUUCAAAGUAUGGUUGCAUGAACUACACGCCAUUAAAAUUUGAAUAAAACGAAUCUUUAAAAUGAGUUUUGAACUGCUUGUAGUGAGGAGUUUGAAUAUGAAUAAUUUGUUACAACUUUAACAUUUGUUAUUUAUUCAUGAAUUGAUCAUUUCAACUAGGGAAUAUCACAUUCAAUGCUCUUGUUUCAUAUAGUUUAAUUCACAGCCAUUUAACUAUUUCCAUAUCCCAUCAGUUGGGAAGAUAAGAAUGUGGAUUUCCUUUGGUAGGCAAUGAUGCUGCACUGUCUGACCAGUCUUGUCCACUUUGACUUGCUCUGAUUCCAAUUUCUUAUUCCAAGUCCAAAUAGAUACAUUUAAUGCACUUAACCUGUGUGGAAUUUAUCAUUUUGAUCAACUAUGCUACUACUUCCACUAUGCCCUCAAAUUCCUUUGGACUGUUUCUGACACCUCUUUCCCCUUUCUGGAUCUGUCUUCAUCUCGGGAGACCAGCUAUCCACUAAUAUUUAGUAUAAAUAGAUUGACUCUUACAGCACCUAGAUAUAAACCUCCCAUUCCUUGUAAGGAUGCCUUCCCUUUCUCUCAGUGUGUCCACACCUGUUCACAAGAUGAGACUUUCCAUUGCAGGACAUCUGAAACAUCUCAUGUUUUCCCUAAAAAAGUGAUUUCCCUUCAACUGUUGUUGAUGGAGCCCUCACAACUGUUCAAUUUUCCGCAUUUCUGCCCUGACCCCGAUGCCCCAGAUAGAACUGAGAGUUUUCCUUGUCCUUGCCUUUAAUCCUACCUACCUCUGCAUUCAGCACAUCAUUCUUUGUCAUUUCUACCGACUGCCACAUGAUACCACCACCAGUCACAGCUUCCCCUGCCCACUUUCUCGCUCACUGCUUUCUGCAGGGACCACUCUCUCCAUGACUCCCUGAUUCACAUUCCUUCACCACCCAUAUAUCUGCCUUCUUGCACUCUCCUGCAAACAUAGAUAAUGCAAUACCUCCUCCCUUGCAACCAUCAAGCAACCUAAACAACCUUCCUUAGUGCAGCAGAAAUGUGCAUGCACCUCCUCCAAUCUUGUCUAUUGUUUUUGCUGCUCGUGUUGUGGCCUCCUUUAUACUGGUGAGACCAAAUGUAAACUGGAGAACGCUUUGGUGAGCACCCACACUUUGUCCACUGUGUCCAUCAUGAGCUGGUUGCAUGCCAUUCUGAUCCACUUAACAACCUGUCUGUCCUCUGCCUUCUUCAUUGCUAUAUUAAAGCCAAAUGCAAACUAGAAGAACUGGACCUCAACUUUUGAAAAACUAUUGACAGAUCAAAAAUAAAUCUUUGUCUGCAUUCACUGUACCUUUGAUGUAAACAUUAGAACUCUGCUACAAAAUUAGUUUCCCCAGAAGUGAAAUAUGUAAUAAAAAUGAUUUUGUGGAUAA